AUGAGUGAUUUGCCGGGAGAUCUGGCGCGAAGCUGGAAUGGCCCGCCUCCAGAUGUUCCAAGCCAUUUAAUACCAAUAGAUUUACCCAAGUUCACAUACCCAACUGACUAUGCCAAAAUGUUUAAUCAAGAUCCGAUGUUAAUGAUUACAGUUGCCAUCACAACGGAUUCAACAAUUGUACAAUUACAUAAUAUGGGGCCUUAUCUCUUUUAUUGCAAAGGAAUUUAUCCCUCAUCUAUAUCAAAAUUAAUAUUCAGUCCUAAAUUUCCAUUUGAAAUCAAAUCAUUCCUUUAUUUUUACUUCAAUUCUAUAAUACACGAGUUUAACAGUUUAUCAGACUCGAUUUAUUACUGCCUUUCUAGGAUUGCUUUUCCUCCAAAUUUAAGUCAAGUUAAUACAAUACUUGAAAUAUUUUCAGCUGUAUAUCUGACAGCCAAUCCAAAUUUUGAUUAUGAUAUUCCCGCUUUAACUUCCUUAUUAGCUGCUCUUUUACUUCAAUCUGGAUACAACAUUCCAAGCAAGAAGUUCCCAAAGUCAAAAUAUCUUGAAUUAACUCACAUUAAUAAAAUUCCACGUGCAUACAGAGAACGUGUAUUCAAUGAUUUAGAGAAACGACCUUUCCCUGUGUUUUUCACUUUUACUCAUUUUAAUAACCCACCAGAAUACGAAAAGAAGGGCAUGCUGAAGAAGAUAGGCGGCCUCUUCAAAACAAAGAAAGAUCGUUGCUUCGCAAUCGAAGGUUUUGUUCUGAAAUAUUAUAAUGAUAAUACAAUGAUAGAUCAGAUUGGAGAACUUGAUAUACCUGGAACCAUAUCAUCCUAUCAACCUGCACAGAAGAAAGAACCAGAGCAUCUUCUGAUAAGGAAGAGCGAUGGCGGUUCAUUAGGAUACAAGAUUUCUAAGGAAGGAAUCCGUAAAAAGAGUAACCAUAGUGAUUAUAUAGCUUACGCAGAUAAGGACGACAUUUUAACAUGGGCAAAUAAUCUUAAUUUGAUAGCUUUUUGGAAAAUUGUUUAUGAUCUUAUAUAG